AUGUCAAAUAACGCAGAACAGCCCAAAAUUACUCCAGAAGAUGACGAUGAACCCGAUGAAUGGGACAAGCGCAUCUUCAGUACCGGCUGCCACGCUGAGCAAGACAAGAUGAACGACUGCUAUUUCGCGAAGAAAGACUGGCGCCAGUGCAAGGAGGAGAUGGAAGCCUUCCGGGAAUGCUGGAAACGUCAAGGUAACGACGAGCGAACGCAGACUAAAGACGCAUGA